AUGUCCUCUACUCUCGACGAGCUCCUCCAGGACUUCGAGGACUCUGGCUCCGAGGCCGGCGGCGAGGAGUAUGGCGAUGGUCUUCUAGACGAUGGUGUUGUUCCGGCUGGAAACUCAGGCGUGGACGACGCACACGUACCACUCAACGAUGAGGACGUGGAUGAAGGCAUGGGUGAGGGUGAAGAUAAAGACGAGGCUAUGGGUGGCGUCGGAGCCGACGACUCAAAUGCUGUUGAAGAUCCCGAGGAAGCAAAGGCGAAGGUUGAGAAGAUGCACUUAGGAGGAGUGCGGGACGUCCGAACUGUCGCUACUCUUAUGAAUUCUCUGAAGCCAGUACUCGAGGUUAGUCCCCUAAUACCCCUUCGCGGUGCUCCCUUUGAACAUGGAAAAGCGUUUACAUCUUUUCUGAGCAAUAGCCCUGACAGUCUGGAUCGAACGUUGCAGAAAAUCGCACAUUACCAAGCACAACCCGCGCAGGCCAACGAUUUUGGCCAUGUCGAAGACCACCCGGAAUACAACCUCUUGACGAACGCCAAUAGGCUGUCUACUUUGAUAGACAGCGAGGUGGCGCUUGUCCACAAGUUUGUGAGGGACCACUUCUCCGCCAGAUUCGCCGCGCUCGAGUCGCUAUUACCGAACCCUAUCGAAUACUGCAAGGUCGUUGCAAUCCUGGGCAAUUCUCCGAUGGACUCGGAGAGCAUGAAGGCGCUCCAACUUUCCACCGACAACCCCUUGGGUUUAAGUCUCAAGUCGGUUCUGGAUGGGCCAACACUGAUGAUUGUCACGGUGGAAGCUACGGUUUCCAAAGGCCAAUUUCUGGGCGAGGAGGAGGUUCAGCGCGUCACAGAAGCGUGCUUGAUGGUGGUCGAGCUUGACAAGGCCAAGAAGACCCUCACUGACAGCACAGCUCCUCAACCAGGCUGGUGGUCUUACUGGUCUUUCCAAAACCCCGGCCUGCAACCUCCCGGCUUGGGUUCUAAGAAGCAGACAAGCUCUGCUCUCGCUACCAACGUCGGUAUCAGACAGCAGGGUUUCAUCUAUCAGUCAGACAUCGUUCGUGGGAUCCCAACAGACCUGAAGAAGCAGGCGAUGAAGAUGUUUGCCAACAAGAUUGUCAUGUGCGCGCGCACCGACUGCUUCCACCAGUUCAGGGAUGGAUCAGAAGGCGAGCGACUGAAGGACGAGUGCCUGGACCGCCUGGAUAAGCUGCAGCAAAAGCCGAACAGCAAGGGCGCGCGCGCUCUCCCGGCACCCGACGACAAGCCGAGCAGGAAGCGUGGUGGCCGACGAGCUCGUAAAGCCAAGGAGGCUACGGCCAUGACGGAGCUGCGCAAGGCUCAGAACCGCAUGGCAUUUGGCAAGGAGGAAAAUGAAGUUGGUUAUGGUCAAGGCGAUUCCACUGCCGGCAUGGGCAUGAUCGGUCAGCGCGACGAUGGACGUCUGCGGGUCACGCAAAUCGACCAGCGCACGCGUGCCAAGCUCAGUGCGAAGAGCAAGGGCUGGGGUGGUGCCAGCUCGCUCAAUGGCGGCGCUGCAUCAUCUCUCAGAGGACUUACCGCCGGCGGCAGCGGCAUCGGUAACAUCAGUCUGGCUGCCAGCAAGGGCUUGCGGACAUCAGGCGUCGGUACCACGGUCGGCAGUGCCACGGCCGGUACGGUAUCGUCGUUGGCGUUUACACCCAUGCAAGGCCUGGAACUCGUUGAUCCAAAGGUUCAGUCCGAGCUGAGCAGGAAGCGCAAAGCAGAUGAGGAUCGCUGGUUCAAGGGUGGUACAUUUACCCAGGUUGGCAACUCGGGUGGUGGUGGUGAAUUCAAGAAGCCUGCAUUGCCCGCAGCCAAGAGACAAGAUACCGGAGCGACGAAGUGA